AUGCGAGCGAGGCGGCGUCCACACGCUCCGCUGGACUGGAUUGCGGAGCCAGAUGCGGAGCGAGGCUUCUUCUGUGGCCGCCGCCGCCUUCCGGAGCUCGCGGUCGCCUGUCCCGGUUGGGGCGCUGCUAACGCGAAGAAAUCCACAGCCCCCUGCCAGCCCCCUAACCUCCGCUCCCCCUUUCCAGUAGUCCAGAGUUUCCCCACGGGCUCAGGCUCCCUCCGCGCUGCGCGCUAUCUGGGUAUUUCUGCCCACGGGCAGAGCACACUAUCCUCACGACUGGG